UCACAGACCGGACGUGACCGGUUUGUCGCUAAUGCUAAUGGACCCGGAACGAUAAAGCAGCACUCCGAAGAUGGCUGGGGUGUUUGAGGUGGAGGUUGAUGGUGUAGAGCACGACCAUGGACUGGAGCAUCACAAUGAACCGAACCAGUUUGACGUGUCCAAGCUUUCACCAGAAGAGAAGUGGAGGGUGGAACAUGCAAGAAUGCAUGCCAAACACAAAGGCCACGAGGCCAUGCACGCAGAGAUGGUGCUGAUCCUCAUUGUCACCCUGGUCGUCGCCCAGCUAGUUCUCGUGCAAUGGAAACAGAGACAUCCAAAGUCAUACAAUUUGGUGACUCUGUUCCAGAUGUGGGUAGUUCCUCUCUACUUUACUACCAAACUUCACUGGUGGAGGUUCCUGACCACAUGGUUUGUCUUCUCUGUCAUCACAGCAUACAUUUCCUACCGUGCUACUCGCAAGCCUCUGGCCUGCACCACACCAAGGUUGGUGUAUAAGUGGUUCCUCCUCCUGUAUAAAAUCAGCUACGCCACAGGAAUAGUUGGCUACACUGUCGUCAUGUUUACACUUUUUGGUAUUAACCUAAUAUUCAGGAUAAAGCCAGAGGAUGCCAUGGACUUUGGUGUCUCACUUCUCUUCUAUGGCCUGUACUACGGGGUCCUGGGAAGGGACUUUGCAGAGAUGUGUGCAGACUUCAUGGCUUCAACCAUUGGGUAUUACAGUGCAUCUGGCAUGCCAACCAAGCACCUCUCCGAUAACAUCUGUGCUGUGUGCGGUCAGCCCAUCCUUGUAGAUGUUAGUGAGGAGGGGAUUAUUGAGAACACAUAUCGAUUAUCCUGCAACCAUGUGUUCCACGAAUUCUGCAUAAGAGGAUGGUGUAUCGUCGGAAAGAAGCAGAUGUGCCCAUACUGCAAAGAGAAGGUGGAUCUGAAGAGGAUGUUCAGCAACCCCUGGGAAAGGCCGCAUGUGAUGUAUGGACAACUUUUAGACUGGCUUCGGUACUUGGUGGCCUGGCAGCCUGUUAUUAUUGGUUUUGUGCAGGGUAUCAACUACAUCCUGGGUCUGGAGUAGCCGGCGACUGGCAGAAACGGACAUACCUGCCAUGUGGAGAAGAUAUGCACUGGCUCUAAAGACUGAGGGCCUAACAUUGAACUAAAACACCAAUAAAAAGUGUCUAUACUUUUUGUACAUAUUUAUAGGCACAUAUCUGUAUUUGCAGUUUAUUUGAAUUUUAUUAGUAAUCUAAAAUUGGAUGUCUGUUCACAGUUACAUCUUAACGAUUGGUCUGUGCAUCUCAUGGCCUAGUAAAGCGGAUCUUGAAAUCAUUAGAGGGGCUUUUACUAAUUUAUGUUAGCUUAAAUGGUAAAAGGAUUGUGUAUAACCAUCCAGGCCAGUGUUAAAAUGUAGUUAAAGGAUCAUGCUGGAAUGUGUCAUCCUCGUGUUUGAUGGUAAUCAAACAUGAGUAAUAAAUAAUGAAUAUUUGCUUCUUGGUAUUCCCAAAUAGAUGAACUCUGUAUCCAUGGACAUUCAUUUUGCAUCUACUUUAUGAUUCCUGCUCGGUUAUGAUUAUGUAUUUUGACCACAAGCGGUACCAGUUUCAUAAAGGCAGUCAUAUGCCUUAUGGGCAGGGAAAUUGUCAUCAUAGGUCGGAAAGUGCUACUCAUACUUGCAGACAGAAUACCUCCUACAUUUUAGCGUUACUGGAAUCCUUAAUGUACUCAUUGUUUUCAGGGAAUUGCCCAUCCUUACCAAAGUAGCAAAAGAGUCACUGGGUUUGACCUUUAUCCAGUGUCUCAGUGUAUGUGGGUGCUAAAAUUAAAUUUUGCAUUGUUUUGGUGUAGCAGCUCAAGUCUUAGAUGAUUCCGAUAAGUGAGGCAAAUUAAAGUCAAAACUAUGAGUGUAGCCAUAAUAAAGUAAGCAAAAACAUGGGAAUUAAAUUGGAGCGUCCUAAAAUAACAAGUCAGAGUUACGAUGGAGUUUGUAAUUUGACUAAAACGAUCAAAUUAUUCAAACUAAAUUUGAUUUUGAAUUAGAAAGAGAAACAUCCCAGAAUGAUCCUUUGACAGAUGGUGACGGUUUUAUUUUCACAUGGUAUGUUCAAUCCAUGGUCUCCUGUACUGUAUGUGGAUCAAAGCCCAAACUUGCUGGAAGAUGAUGGUUGGUAAUGUUUCUACAUAAAAGGAAUUUUUAGGGUCCGUUUCUUCAACUCACCACCAGCUUAAAUGGUAAAAGGACUGUGUAUAACCAGGCCAAAUGUGAUCAUUUUGUUUUCAAGGUUUUGAUCAAGAUUGGUUAAUAAAUGCCGUUUGAUUUCAAUCACGUGUUUUAUCCGUGCAUCUUUGAGGUGCACCUUUCAUUUAAAGCCAAGCCUGCUGGAUGAUAUUAUGACAAAUAAGGAGGCUAAAUUAGUCAUCAUGUCUCAUUUAUGCAAAGUGUUUUUAUAUUACCAAAUAACCAAGAAGGUUACUUUGUGAGGAAAUCCCCAUUAUUAUUUACUUCCCUAUGGGGAAGUAAAUAUAUAGUGACCAGAAACAGCAAAAGGCUCAAACUGGAGGGAUCGAUAUGAAGCUCUUAUCUGCUGUCAAAGGUAAGAACUGAUUAUGAUACAAAACCAUUUGUUUUCUUUGCAUUAUAUUUGGUUGUGAACAUUUUGUGUGUCUCAAACAGUAUUGGGAUCUCUGUGUCUGCUGCUUGCAGAUGGACUUCCAGUUUCUGAAGAUGACUCUCCAGCGAUAAUUGGGCCAGACUUUGUCCAAAUACAAACUCAUCCAGGUGCACUGCUGGUGCUUCACUGUGAUGCCUUAUCAAACUGCGAGGAUGAUGUGACGCUCAUCUACUGGCUUGUCAACGACACCUUCCCCGAAGACACACCCAGCAGCAACAGGAUGACGGAAUCAAAUGAAUCAACUUUAGAGGAGGGUACAAUCCUUCAGAAGAGUUUGGUGUUGAAGAACAUCACACCUGAGGACCUCAAAUCCAACUUCACGUGCGUUGUGACAAAUACUGUGGGAAUGGCGCUAAAGCGCGUUACAUUAACAGCAACAAGUGGCAGGAGUGGUGAAUGACAGAAGAUACUAAAUGACAGUGCUGCAAAAAAUUGUUUUCUGUGCUCUAUCUUGUGAUAUAACUCAUAUCUGUCCAGAAUCAAUAUUACAUGUCAGCAUUUUAAUGUAUUACUUUUGUGUGGAAAUGUGUGGAUGAACUCUGCUGAGAAACUGAAUGAAGAAAUGUGCAACAACUGGGCUUCAGUCAGACCAGCAAAAGCAGAAAAAUGAUUCCAAUGAACCAACUCAAAGGUGAAGCCAAUAGCUGCUGGGGGUCAUUCGAAUGCUCUCCGUGUAUGAAUCUGACAAACAUCCAGAGGUACUAUCUGAUGUCGAACUGAAUGUGCUCUAGUUAUAACUGUGGUAAACUAAUCUACAGUAGUCAUUUAGAAGACUCCACCUCACUUGGCUUUGACUUCAGAAUGUAUACUGAGUGUUUCAUCAGUUAAAUGCUAAAACGUUUUCUAUGCCUGUGUAUCAUCCCAGUGCUUGCUAUUAAAAAAAAGUCAAAAUUAAAUUUGUAUACUUUUAAACCAA